CUUAUAAUAAUGAUUUAUACAUAAAGGCCAUGUUUACAUUUGACUUCUCUUUUGAAGCUGCUAGCAUCUGCUUUACAUUAUUAUCCUAUUGAGUAAACCGUGUUUUCAAUAAAGUCCUGAGCGUUUUUUUGAAUGCCAAUGCGAGGAAUGUAAUUGGUCGAGAAGGCUCAAGCUCGAAAAAACAAAAUGGUGGCCAUUGUCAACUUUUUCUUGUCAAGAACGAAGUCAAAUGUAAACACAACCUAAACUGUCGGAUCAGAUUUUCUGUAAAAUGUCGGUUUCAUGUUAUUUAACUUUAUCAAAUAACCUGAAGAUUUGUUUCAGACAAAGUAAUUUCAGUAAACGUAUCCUUAUCGCUUGCUGACAAAUUUCCUCAGCCCCACCAGUGCGGAAGUGGCUUAGCCGACAGAGAUUUUUGCAGACGCACGUCAUCAUAGAGUGUAUAGUCACACGUCACAUAUGCGUGCAUAGAGUCUGUAGUUCUUUAUUACACGGCUCGUUAGAAUGCUUGAUUUUGAUUGGCCAGUCAUGACAUUUGCAAGUUUGUUAUUCCCAGAUAACGACCCCUCAAAACUAAUAACGCACGGUCACCCGGAUGCAGUGAAUCAUUUUGACAGGCAUCAAGAGGAGAUCGAAGGUUCCUGGUGUUAUGAUUACACAGUAUAUCGAGGAACUUCCCGAGGGGAAAACUACUCCCGACUUCACCCGUAAGCCCAUCGCCUUAACCAUUCAAGAAGGAAAGCUAGCUGUUUUUAAAGCCAAAGUGAUCGGAGAUCCCUCACCUACUGUCACCUGGAGCAGAGCCAAAGGAGAAAUGAAAGACCCGCAAAAGUUUCAGUGCAAAUUUGACCCGUCAACCGAUGAAUAUACUUUGGAGAUUCCCAAAGUCAGCGGUGCUGAGGCUGAUACUUAUAAAUGCUAUGCUACCAAUGAAUUCGGAAAGGCCGUGUGUACUGUUGUUCUCAACAUCAUCGAAGUCGGAUUCAAAAAGGAGAGAGAAUGGAAAAAAGCUGAAGUGGUAGUCGAUGACCCUGCAGAGUUUAGAAGAAAGCUCAGAAGAGGCGCUGGCAAAAAAGUUGAAGAGAAGAAAGAAGGUGACAUUGACGAAGCAGUAUGGGAAUUGUUGCUAAGCGCCGAGAAGAAAGAUUACGAGCAAAUUUGCGCCGAGUACGGUAUUAAGGAUUUCCGUGGGCUGCUGAAGAAACUGGUGGAGAUGAAGAAGGAGAGAGAAGAGGAGCAGGCACAGUUCAUCCAACAUCUGAGUAAUCUGAAACCCAUUGAGGUGAAGGGCGAAGAUGCUGCCACCUUUGAACUGGAAAUGGAACUUAAAGACCCCAACAGUCGUAUUUUCCUCUACAAGGAUGGUGUCAUGAUUCCAUUCGGCAGAGACAUUGAGGCUGACAUGAAGCACGGUUUGAAGCAAGUUGGCAAAAAAUACAUCUUCACUGUUAAAAAUCUCAAUCCUGAAGAUGCCGGAAUUUAUCAAGUGGAUGUUGAGGGCGUCAAUGUCUUCUCAACAGAUUUCAAGAUUGCCCCUGUGGACUUUGCACUGAAGAUUCAAGAGGUGAAGGCAGAAGAGAGAGAAGACGCCCUCUUUGAGUGUGUCCUAACUCAACCCCUCAAUAAGAUUGUUUGGACCCUAAAAAACACCCCGCUGACCAACAGUGAGAAAUUUGAGAUUACUGUUUCGGAGGAUAAACUGAUCCACAGGUUAAAAGUAAUUGAUUGUAUGCCUCUUGACACGGGAAUCUACGCUGCCAUAGCUGGAAUAAAGUCCAGCAGUGCUUGGCUUAUUGUAGAAGCUGACAAAGAUCCGGCAUCGAAGGGCAAGAAGAAAGCCCGUAAGACUACUCAGGCAGGCGGCGGUGGAGGCGAUCUGGAGAAGAUAGCUGCCGAGCAGGCAGAGAAGCACAAGAAGGAGAUUGUGGACGCGAUGGAGACCGCUAAGAAAGCUGAGGCGGAACGUGAAGCGGCAGAAGCCGAAGAAAGAGCCAGAGCGGCGGCCGAAGCUGAAGCAGCUAAAGCGGCUGCGCAGUCGGCGGCGGCAGCGGCUGCUAAAGCUGCAGAGGAUGCUCUUAAAGCGGCUAAAGCCAAAGGAAUGUCUGCGGCGGAAGCUAAAGUUGCGGCUGAUAAAGCGGCACAGGCUGCGGCCGCUAAAGCCAAAGCGCAAGCUGAGGAGGAAGCAAGAAAGGCAGCGGAGCUUAAAGCCAUGAACAAGGGCCUGAGUGCGGAGGAGGCGGCUGCGGCCGGAGCAAAGGCGGCUAAUGCAAUGGCUGCAGGCCUUGCAGGGGCUGAAGCUAGAAACGCAGGCGGUGGUCCUGGCGGUGUCAGUGGUCCUGGCAGUGUCGGUGGCCCUGGUGGUGGUCCUGGCGGUGUCGUUGGUCCUGGCGGUGUCGGUGGUCCUGGCGGUGUCGGUGGUCCUGGCGGUGUCGGUGGUCCUGGCAGUCCUGGCGGUGUCGGUGGUCCUGGCGGUGUCGUUUGCCCUGGCGGUGUCGUUGGCCCUGGUGGAGUCGUUGGCCCUGGUGGAGUCGUUGGCCCUGGAGGUGUCGUUGGCCCUGGCGGUGUCGGUGGCCCUGGCGGUGUCGGUGGACCUGGCGGUGUCGGUGGACCUGACGGUGUCGGUGGUCCUGGCGGUGUCGGUGGCCCUGGCAGAGCAGCUGGGGCUAAAGGAGCUACAGGACCAGGAGGAGCUUUAGAAGGCAAAGGAUCUGUUGGAGCCGGUGGAGCUGGAGGUGCCGGUGGAGCUGGAGGAGAGGGAGUUGCUGGUGGAGCUGGUGGUGCAGGAGACGCUGGAGGAGCCGGUGGGGCUGCAGGUGCCGGUGGGGCAGGAGGCACCGGUGGGGCAGGAGGCGCCGGUGGAGCAGGAGGAGCCGGAUCAGGUGGUGAUGGAGGGGAAGGUGGUGAUGGAGCUGGAGGUGGAGACAAAAAGCGCCAGAGAGCAGGACCUCUCGUGCCUGAUACUGUCAUAGGUGGAAGUAAUCCAUCAGAUAAAGGAACCGGCAAGCCAUCCGGGUCCGACAAGAAGUCAGAUUCGGCAAAGUCACCCGGUUCUGGAGCUCCAUCAGGUUCUGGUAGCGCAUCGGGUAUGGGAACCCCGUCCGGUUCUGACAACGCUUCAGGUUCCGGGACCCCCUCGGGUUCUGGUAGCGCUUCGGGUUCUGGGGAUCCGCCAGGUCCCGGAAAGCCUCCAGGUUCAGGGGGUCCAUCAGACGGCAGCGGCGGUGCAGCUGCAGAAGACGACAAAGGGACUGAAGAUGAUAAAGAGUCAAGUGAUGCCAGAAAGCGUUCGGGUCGCUCAAAGCAAGGAUCACAGGUUCCAGAGAAGGUUGUUGAUCCCGGUGUGCACUUUUCUGCCGGCCUGGAUGACUGUAAAGCUUUUGUAGGAGAAGCGGCUGAACUGGUCUGCAAACUUAGCAGUGCUGAGGCAAAGGGCACUUGGUACAAAGAUGGCACUGAGAUUACCGACACCACUGAGGGCAUGACCAUCAGCCAGGACGGUGUCAGUCAUAAACUGAAAAUUCACAAAGUCACAGAAGAAUAUGCGGGAAAAUACAAAUUUGAAGCAGAUGGACGCAAAACUGAAUGUUUAAUUGCGGUUGAAGAUCCACCAAGAUUCAAUGCUAGUGAUAGUGAAGAGUUCGCCAAGCCUACUGUGGUGAAACACAAUCAAAAAGCCGCCUUCAGAAUGUCAUUUGUUGGCCGUGAGCCAUGCAAAGUUAAGUGGUACAAAGACGGCGAGGAGCUUCUGCAAGACAACAACUGCAGGAUUGAGAUUUUAGAGGGACAGAGCCAUCUGCUUCUUAACAAACUACAGCGUAAAGACACCGGGCAGAUAAAGAUCAAAAUCAAAAACGAGUUUGGCACCAUGGAAGCAGUUACUGAUUUAGUUGUACUCGAUAAGCCUAACCCUCCACUUGGACCUCUGGAGAUCAUCGAGGCAUCUUCCAACUGCAUCGAGGUCAAAUGGAGACCUCCAAAAGACGACGGCGGAUGUCCGAUUAAACAUUACAUACUUGAGCGCAAUCAAGUCGGGCGCAACACCUGGAAUAAAAUAGGCCAGAUCCCACCUGAAGCCCACUACAAAGACAGUGACGUCGACCACGGCAGGAGAUACUGCUACCGUAUCAGAGCCCAGACUGAAGAGGGCACCAGUGAGCUGAUGGAGACAGAAGAUGUUCAGGCUGGCACUAAAGCGUAUCCCGGCCCGCCGUCCGCUCCCAAAAUAGUCAGUUCCUUCAAGAAUUGCAUUAACCUGACUUGGAGUCCCCCAACCAACACCGGAGGAACUAAUAUUUUGGGUUAUAACCUGGAGAAACGCAAGAAGGGAAGCAACCUGUGGGGUCAGGUCAAUCCACAGGCGGAGCUCAUCCAAGCGAAGAAAUACGCUGCCAUAGAUGUAGUUGAAGGAAUGGAGUAUGAAUUCCGUGUGUCUGCCGUCAACAUAUCAGGAGCUGGGGAACCAAGCGUUCCCUCAGAAUUUGUAUUCGCCAGAGAUCCAAAAAAACCUCCCGGUAAGGUGGUUGAUCUUAAAGUGACCGAUUCCACCUACACCACCCUGUCCUUGUCUUGGACUAAAUCAAAAGAGCAGGCAGGUGUGCAGGACGAAGCCAAAGGGUACUUUGUUGACAUCAGGCCCGCUGAGAACCCCGAUUGGAAUCGAUGCAACACCAACGCUAUCAACAUGACCGCCUUCACUGUGAAGGGAAUGAAAUCGAUGGGCAUGUAUUGGGUUAGAGUGGUUGCCACCAAUGAUGGUGGAGAAGGUGAACCACAAGAACUAAACAACUACGUGUUGGCAAUGCCCCCGCCAGUGAGACCAAGAUUCACCAAUGCUAAAAUAAAGAGCUUCAUGGUGGUCAGAGCUGGAAAUGCUGCACGAUUCUACGUGAACUUCGAGGCGUCUCCGUGCCCUGAUGUCAUCUGGCUUAAAGAUGGAAGUCCGGUGUCUAAACGGGUCACUAUCAGCAAUGCUGAGGGAGGAUCUCAAAUCCUGAUCCCAUCUGCAGAACGCUUCGAUACAGGAAUCUACACCAUCAUAGUCAAGAAUGUGGUGGGACAGGAGACCUUCAGUAUUGAGAUUAGAGUCACAGAUGAACCGAAGCCUCCCGGGCCCGCCGAGCUGGAUGAGAAAGUGCCGGGCACCGUGACAGUUUCUUGGGAACCGUCACCAGAUGAGAGGCGCGAUGAUCGCCUGCAUUACAUGGUGACCAAGAGAGACUCCACCAAGAGGACCUGGCACACGGUAGCAGACCGCAUUUUCAACAACCGUUUCACCGUAUGUAACAUCAUACCAGGGAGAGAAUACCAGUUCCGUGUCUACUCCAAAAAUGAUAUCGGCAUGUCUGAUCCAUCGGAGUCGCCCAAGUGGCUCAUCACAUGCAAGAAAGAAAAAUUUAAGCUGAACAUCGUGGAGUCUAAGACAUGCAAUUUGGAAAAGCCUCCGAAGUUCAUGGUCCCGCUGAAAAUCCACACGGCCCCGCAAGGCUACGAGUGCUACAUGACCUGCGCCUUAAAGGGCACCCCUACGCCCCACAUCACCUGGUUUCGCGACAACGUCAGUAUCAACACCAACACCAACUACCUCAUCACUAACACCUGCGGAGUGUGUUCCCUGCUCAUCCUCAGAGUCGGACCCAAAGACAUAGGCGAGUACAGAAUCACAGCCGAGAACCCGUUAGGAAGAGACGAGUGCUCUACCAAACUCAACGUCACAGAAUAAACCCACCACGUGAUGAGGUUUUUCAAACCGCUGUGUGCAAGCCAACAUUUCUGCUGAUUUCACUGGUUUUUGGGCUCUUUGUAGAAGUAGAAGUACAGUAUUUAAUAACUUUUUUGGAGAAUAGCAUAUAUUUAUUGCACAUGGGAAUUGUUCUACGCCAUGGCCUUUUUACAUUUAGAUUUAAUGCAUUUGGCAAAUGCUUUUAUGCAAAGUGACGUAGAGUGCCUUGCAGUACAUUUCAUCACUUACACAAUGACGGUAAAACCAACUGCAUGUGAAAGAUUGUGUGUCAUUAGACAGUUCAUAGCACAAAAAUCUGACUGUCAUGUUUUACAGAAAAAGAAACAUUGUACAGCUUGUGCUGUGGCUGCAUGUUCUCAAUUCAGUUUGACAAAGAUUUCAUUUGGACCCUGUUAUGAUUUUAAGAUUUCACUGUGGCUCAACAUUUUAUUUAGGUAUGUAUUUAUUUGUCCUAUGGUUAUUUUUCUUAGCAUGCACUCAGUAUAGGGAAAAUAAUUGUACUGUUGGAUUUUCUCGCCCCUUUUUCUUCUUGUUCUUUCUUGGUCUGAAAUGCUAAAGUGUAAAGAAAACACAAAAGCAUCUGCACAUAUUCAGGUUUGCAUCAUCAAACAAAUGGUCUGGAAUAAAUAAAAUAUACUUCAAACAUCA